UGUCUAAUGUCUGAUAAAACUCUAAAUGAUUUGGAUUAUACACGAAUUCUUUGGGAUCAGGACGCAGGGAGUAGCCCGAGAAUUACGUCUCGAUUCACAAGGAGGCACAUCCCUACUUAGACAUGCUUUUAUGUUUUAGUUUAUUCGUUGCACUGCUAUACGACACAGUUCUAGCAAAUGUGUGUAGUUAUACCUACAAGACAAGUCCCAGAAACAUCUCGGCUUCUUCCACGAAUACAGGCCAUGACAAAUGCAAAUAUUAUAUACAGACUAGUAGGAACUAUUACAUAGUCCUAAACUUCACCAAUAUAUAUGGAUUCUGGCCGGGGCACCAGGAUACAAAACAAAAUACAAACAAAUGUUUGCCAAAUCUGGUGAUCAAGGAGAUUACACCGGAUGGGAAGGAAAAAGAGAUGGCAGUGAUAUGUGAAAAAAACCACAAUUAUAACCCCCCCAAAGUCUUUCAGUCUAGGACUCAGUUAGUACAGUUAACUUAUUCGUGGGUGCCUGGAGAACGCAGUGGAUUUCAUUUAGAGUAUUUUGAGGAAGAAUGUGCAUUUCGAUGUGAUGAUUAUAGUUGUUUACCAUUAGCCUCACUACCUGUAGUCUGUGACGGGUUCUUGGACUGUCCAGAUAAUUCGGACGAAAAGGACUGUAACGCAUUAUCAACGACCGACCCAAGUCGGACGUCGGAAAGUAGUAACAUUAACUUGAAUUUAGGUGCUUCUGCAACUGGUGACUAUAUCCAAACUAUUGUGAUUGUGAUAGCCGUUCUAUUUACUCUCUGCGUGAUAAUCUGUGUUGUCUGCUAUUACUGUGCACUGUCGCGGCCAUCUUGGGGCGAUCAUCGACAGCGGCUUAGCGACCAUCUAAGUACUAGUAGCGAACACAAUCAACUACGGACAAAUACGCCACCCCUGCCAAGACAUUCUGAGGUGGUCUAUGUGCCCCCUCACAACCGGUCAUACCGAGAUCUUCAUACAGAGGGGCGGACGCGCCCCCACCCCUUCCAGCACUCAAUGACUGAACCCGUGGACCUCCCGCCUCACAUCCCAAUAUCGGGGGAUGGCGAGGAGGGGUAUUCGCGUAGUCAGCAACUCUUACAAUGUGAUACAAGCGACGAAGUCGAACGUGGGUGUAUUCGAUCGCCACCUAAUGUGACUAUAUCCCAAUUUGACAGUAAAUGGCGGGAGUCGUCAUCAUAUCUCACACCAUCUCAUAACUUACUAGAAAAACACAAUAGCAAAUUUCCCGUGAUCCGUGAUGGUAAUGGCUCGCCGAUGUCAAUGAAAUGCUAUAGUUCGUCGAAUAACAAUAAUCCAAAUAAGCCCAAUUCUAGAACACAUAGGACUUCGCCACAAAUAGUUGGGCACUCGCGGCAUAGCAGUGGCAGUAGUGCGAAUUCAUCAAACUCUGAGCGACCGCCCGAAUAUAGCGAAGUGAUAGCAAAUAUGGACUCAUUUGGCGGUAAUACGACGACAGGCGGAGGUGUAUGAUAGGGAGCUUUGGCGGGAUAUUGUCGGAUUAUUUGACAGACUGGUUCCCAUCUUCGUCUACGGCCUGCUGAUAUGGCGUACCGAGUGCGUUAACCAGCCCAGGUAUUCCCGCGUAGUGUCUCUUGCUCAAAAUACAUGUGGAUACUACGACUAGUGUGGCCUGGCGUUGCUAGACGCGGUGUUGUAAACACCAUGUGAUUUGAUCGUGGAUUAGAACCAACGCCAUCUUGUGGUUAAUUUUCGUACCAACAGCUACCGUGUAUCAUUGUUCAUUUACCAUGCUUCUCAGUGAUGAUAUCAUCGUUGCAGUUCUAGCGAUGGUGGAUCUUGGAUAUCGUCCGGUUUGUGGCUGAACCCUGCUGUUAGAAAGUCUCAUUGUAGCGCAUCUUAACCGGAUCGAACCGGCUCGUUCUUCCGAUGAGGAUCUUAUUUGGUGGAUUAGCGGCCACUUCCAAAAUUAACGGCAGAUGUAAUUAUGCAAUGACAUCACUUUUAAUCCAGGAAGGCGUUAAUUCUCAUUUGGAUUUUAAACGUGGAUGUGGAAUACUGUGUUAAAGCCUCUACACGACGUGACAGGAUUGGAAAUUUUAGAACAAGUCCUGAAGUCCGUAAAAUGAUCAAGACAUUACAUGAACUGCGGUUUCUCAAAAUAUCAGAGCAUGCAUUUUUACCACUGGAAUCAGUUCUGAUAUCUUGAGGAAUAUGCACACAAACUGUAGAAUUUUUAAAGAGUCACUGAAGUCAUGUUUGUUCAUUGAAAAAUCACGUACAGAGUGAAAUUUUUAAAAAGUCACAACCGUUAGGUUUUUUUUUAAUUAAUGAAUUUACAUUAUCAUAAAGUAUAAGUUGUGAUGAUUUAAAUAAUCACAAUGUUUGUGGUAUUUUUCAAAAAGGCAUGGUUACUGUGACACUUUAAGAAACCUCAUCAACUGUGAUUUUGUUACACACGACUGGUUGGGGAAGAUCUUGCCUGCCGACGGUUGUUGGACUCGAAAGUUUCAUCCAAAACUGACGACAUGAAUGCUGUGCAGUGUGUACGUGGUGUAGGUUUCCCGUGGUCAAAAGUGGGCCAUCUUGUGAAUCUCAUGACAGAGCUGGCAGUGUGUUAUAUGGUGCUUAUCGUAAGUCCACAUCACUAUCGGUCGCAGACGAACCCUUAAUUCAUGUCUUGCACUUGGCUCUGGUAUGGUGCUUUGAGUGAAAUAUGAAGUCACGUUUUACCUGUAUACGACAACUGAACAAAUUUUGACAUUAAAAUCAUUGAAAUUGACUUAAAAUGAGUGGUGCAGGGGCUUCAUCAGGGUCGUUUUAGUUGUAGUUUUGAAAUGGAAAUAAGUAAAUUGGCAGAAUUAUUUGUUGACUUCCACUGUCAGUUUAAUGAUGAUUUGCCUCCAUAUUCCACAUGUCGCACCGGGCAUCCUCCGUGCCGUAGAUUUGAAUUUAGGGUUCGUUUAUGACCUCCACAUUAUGUAUGUAUAUAUGUAAUACAAAAAUUCCAAAUACCUGCUAGUGUAUUGUAAUGUGAGUGCAUACAGAAUGUCAUCUCGGGUUAGAAUGACACAGAUAUUUCUACAAACUCUUUUAGGACCUCCCGCUCCCGAGGUUAAACGGAAGAGCGGCAUCAAGACAUUUCCUUGAGCGAAGCUAAUUGGUGGUUUCCCUUCAUGGCAAGCAUGACACGGCGUAAAAAUGAUGUUACGUAGCAUAUUACAAAGCCUUUCAGCGCAAAUGAAAGCGGCGGUGUUCCAGAUCUCAGUUAUAGGGGGUGUUGGUGGUGUUUAACCGAAGUGUCCAUGUUGCUCAAAGUUUGGGGCAGAAACUAGUCUUAGGAUGGGCAUGUGUUAUUUUUGGCUGCAAAAUCUUUAUGUUUUUGUAAUGUUGAUGGACAGGCCCGCGAUUCGGGCUGUCUGUACGUAUAUGUAUAUAUCUGUACAUGUAAUACCACAAGAGACUUCUGGCAUGUAAUGCGCCGUUUCAUUUCAACUACUUGCCUCGCCUGUGUAAGCGAUCAUCUGAUGAUCAAACAGACAGUGAGGUAUAGUGGAUUCAGUCCGAUCUUAAGAACAUCGCUUCAAAAGAUAUUAAUAUUGAAGCGGUUUUCUGAAGGUCAUGACUUCUAGUCUGAUUUGCAUAUUCCUAAGUCGUGGAACUCGUUGGCGUGUAAAACACGUCGGUUUAUAUCGCAAUUUGUAGUAAAGAUACAAAGUUGUCCAGUCGUGAGAUGUGAAUGGAGACUGGCGCGUACCUGCUAUUGGUUUUUAAAAUGUUGAUAAGAGGAUACUUAAUGGAAAAGAAAUAUGUUUUAUAUAUUUCUAAUUUUCCAUGCAAGGUGAUGUCAUUGUGUUUAGCCCUCCAUCUGUACAGCGUUUAUUUAUUUAUUUCGAGGGAGGCUUUGAUUACGACACUUUCGGUUUGAAUAAGGGGCACCAAUGGUACCGAUGGUAUUCACUUGGGAAUAAUAAUUUGGGAAUUCCGAUUUGAGAAAUUGUGAUUCCGAUGAGUUCUUUUAAUGGAAUGAUUGAUUAACUAAUAAUUCAUUCAAUAUUGAUAAUUAGUUACUGAUAAAGAGAUAAUUAAUCAUUUGCUAUCAAUCAAUGUUUUUAAUCUGUAAACAACUUAAGAAUGACUAUUCACCUUCUCUGGGCUCUGUGGAGUGCCACAGUCUGGAAAGUCUGUGAAGGACGUCUUCCCACCCCCAAGAAAAACAGACAAUAAACAGGAAUUGAUAAUCUGUUUUGUGGGUAUUUGAUUAAAAAUUCGCCAAACUGCGGUCACAUGUCGCCCAUUGUACUUAAAAUGGUCAGACAAGUCCUCAUGCGAAUACCGAGGUAUAUCAACAUUUUGUUGCGUCAUCAGCGCGGAAAGUGUUAGCAUUGGUGUCAGGCUGUCGCAUCCACCAUCACCCCCAAGUGUUGUUUCUACUAAUUUUUAUAUGCGCUGCUUUCAUGUGCGCUGUGAGAUCGUCAUUCAUUAGUUGCUUUCAGCUAAUUUUCCAUUCGAGGAGGACAAAGUCCUGCCAGGUCCAUUGUGUAUCAUAUUGCCUUUACUCUUUUCUUGUUCAGAAUCGCUAACUUGAAGAUUUGUCGAAGUCGAGCACUGUUUUUUUCAGAACGAUUAACCGGGCAACAUCACAAAACAAAGUGGUUGUGUUGGAAUGAAUAUUGAUACUGUCGACCCCUUUAUUUUUGUGAGCCUAAUAUUUACGCGUUAGGGGCAUGAUCAGAACUUUUAGACGAGGCGCAAGUAUCUUCAGCUCAGUGGCUUUGUCAUUGGAAAAUGAACUAUUUUGCGGAAAUGAAUGGAAACAAAAUCUGAAAGGGAGGUUUUCCUGCAUACCCUGGCCCGCAAAAAUAAACAGGAUUUAUCACAGCACCAUACAAGAUUGUGAUGAGCGAGAAAAAGACUGAUCAGACCGAUGAAAUUCCUCGUAAUUAUGCUUCCAAAUUGAAAUUUUACAGUAACAGAACUGAUUGAAGAUGAACUGACACACUACAGUAUUCUGUAAACAGACCAAUUUUCAGUGGUGUUUAAAUUUUGCAAACUUCUCCAAUAAUAUCUUCCCUUUUUUGGAAAAACCAGAACAAAAAUUCGUAAUCCGCCAAAUAUAAAAUGGUGACCAUUUUCAUUUUUCUAGAAAUUUUUGCGACAUGCAAGAAUUAUGUGAAAUUAUUACCUGGAUGGAAAGUCACUACAACGAACUCCCGACAUUGAAAAUGGUUAAAUGCAGUUCAAGGUAUUUUUUUCCAAAUGCCUGUGGCUUUCUCUAUCAGACAUGAGGUUUAUUGGAACAACCACGAAAACAGUUCCUGAAACGAAGGAGUCUGAUUUUGUAUUGCUGCGUCAGUGUACACAUUUAGUCUGUCUUCGGGUGAGAGUCUGCAUGAAACUGUAGAAGAGGUAAUAAGUGAGCAGUAUUGCCGUAUUUUUCAGAAGACCGAUGACAAAAGCACAAAAAUGUAAGGUAACCUCAGUGAUGUAGUAUCUCAUGGUUUCUUCCCCAGUUAACCAUGUUUAUAAAAAGUGACAAUUUUGUUUAAUCCAGGCUGGAUUUUUGCCGCGUUUUAAAAAGCAAAUAAGAAUAUGGAUAUUGAAAAAUCAUUGAUCGAAUUUGAAUUAUAAUUUCACAAAAAAGUUUGGUUGAUAAAUAUCCAGGUUGCAAGAUUCUGUUGUUGAUGAAGAAUUUGUUGGUGUCGCCCGGCUUUCUGCAGUUAUCACAUCAAAGAUUUAAUGAAAUUUGUUAUCAAUGAUGAGGAUGUCUUAGUUUAGUAUUUAUUUUAUUUAUUUAUCUUCCCCUCCCAUCGUUAUACUAUUUUCAUGACAGACAAGAACCCCCCCCCCCCUACGGUAUUUUGUGUUUGUGUCCCAACGGCUUGAAAGUUUCCAUUAGCAGAUGUGCAUCGUGUCCAAAAUUUUAAAAAAACAUUUAUUCCAGCAUCUCAUGGUGGCUGCACCAAAGUGUGAAAGACUGCAUGUUCCGAGUGUGUCAGUGAUGGGUGAAUUUCCCGAAGUGUGUUCAGAUCCUCCUAAAUUGUAAUGCAGCAUUCAACCAGUGUUACCUGUUAAAACUGUUUGCAGAUGCUUUAAUUGUAAUCAUUUAAUUUCAUAAACAUCAUUUAAUUGGACAAGAACAGUUUUCAGAUUCACAGGUUGGCUGUAGUUCCCCUUCCCUAUUUCUGUAGGGCGUAUUUCCUUCAACCUCUGCCACUGGGGUGUUGUAUAGUGACCGUUUGGUUUUUGAUGGGCAGCAACCCCUGACGACAGUCCCGCAGAAAGCUGGACAAUAUAUUCAAUGUAACAAAGCCAAUGUGGCAGAGGUUCAAUCUCCAAAAACUGCAAGUAAUGUCAGAACUCUUUUACAGAGAUUGUACAGCACUCGUGUCAUAUAAGUCAGUUUCUUACAGGCUUGUAACUCUGGGCGCCCCCUCCUAAAUUGAUUUAAUCUUACCUACUUAGAGGUAGACAGAUGGAUUGAAAAACAAAUGGUCGUGCUACCACAUCUCUAACAGAUCGCUUUAGCAGACUGCUGUGCUGCCGAAAUCGGGUUUCGAGUGUAUUUGGUGAGAGUGAGGUUUCUGUGUGAGUUGGUCUGUGAAUGAUUGAAAUUAUGUAUAUGAGUGGUGCAGUCCAAAAAAAGUUGAGUUAACAAUGGAUGAUUAAUCAAAUUAUUCACAUGUAUACAGGCACCCUGCACAAAAUUCCACCUGUUUAUUAAUUGUUCUCUACGUGUACGAAUAAAUAAAUAAAACUAAAUGGAGCUUUCAAGGUGCUUGGGGAGGUUCAACAUUUUCAACAUUACCACAACAUUUCAAAAGGUAUGCAGCCUGUGUACAGCUUCUGGAAACUUUCAAACCCCCAAACAUACCAAGUGUCUGUUGGUCUCCCCGCAGUUUUCCUAAACAUUUUAUGUCGGAGGUGUGUUGACAGUUUAGGAGAGAAUCCAUUGCGGUUGUCUAGAGUGUAAUCAGAAGAACGCAAAUCAAGACUGACUUCAAAACCUGAAGUUAUCAAAUGAAUGGGAGACAAAUGCAUUGCGUAUUCAUUGUAUUUUAUGGAGAAAUUAACUGUACCUGUAUCUUUAUUUACCAAUUUCAUUCCAUAUGCCGAGUACACUUUCUUCAUUUCAACUCGGGGUCGAAUCGCUCAUUUUCUGAUGGAUGAAUCUGAAAACAGGAAAAGUGUAAUUUGGUGGUAUUCUUUGGUCCUUAGGAAUUUCCUAAUAUCUUAACCCACAGUCUGACAGAGGAGUGAGCUUAUGUUUUGUGAAUUUUUCCGUAGUUGAUUUCUGAUUUCUUUUGAGUGGGAAGGUUACUACAUGUUUCUUGAAACAAUGGAAAUGGAAGAUGUCAUUAAAUGAAAGUAAACAAAAGUGAUUUGGCUAACUGCGGAAAACAGGUCUUAAGAAAUGGAAAGUCGAUGUGUAUGGCAUUUAUUUUAUAUGAAACGAAAUUAUGGGCAUUAAAGACUAUAGGUCUGGCUAGGGUUCUUAAUAAUUCCUUAGAAAACUUUCAAAAAAUUUCGAAUCAAAUUAAAAAAAAGUUGGAUGUGAUUGUGACUUGAGUGUGUGUCACCCUUACUUAAGUAUACGUACACGGACGUCCUGUAUAGGAUGUGCUGCUACUUCACGUUCAAGUUCAGCUGAAACUUGGUUCUGAAUCAUGUAAAUUGGUACAAUGUGACUUUUCAUAUAUUUUUGCUAUUGACCACUCGAUAAGUGGAUUGGAUUGAUGCAAGGUUCUGCAUGGUUAUCACUCAUGUACAGUCAAAAGGUAGCAAUUAAGUUCAUUGAACUUGUUUUGUUUUCAAGGUGCACUUUACACCGGCAGAAAAUUUAUAACCGUUUAGAUGCUGACCCUUUCGCUGCAGAUGACAUGCAUAGCACGUCAUGUACAUGAUCCCAUAUUGUACGGGUGACGUGCGUAGCACAUCAUGGUCCCAUAUCUUGCAGGAAACGUGCAUAGCACAUCAUGCCCAUCUAAAAUAUUAAUACACCUGCACUUGGUUGCACCCUCUCGGCCGAAAAAUGGCUGCCACAUCAGCGAAAGGGUUGAAGUUCAAUCUAAAUUAAUAACCUGUGGACCAUCCUCCUUUUAGAAUGAAAUCACGUUCUUGCAGUUUCAAUUUAUACCAAAGUCUUUCAUGUGACAGACCACAACAAUAACGUCUUAUGACAAUUUCUAACAAAGUAUUUGUGUAUAGCUAUUUGUUUGGAGUCUCCGGCAAACAUUAUUUCAUUACAGUCUUGUGAACUACAUAUAUAACAAAAUGUGAUCACAAAACAAUUGGAAGAAAAACCUUGGUCCCGGAAACUUGAUAAAGCAAGUUUGGCUGUUCUGUAAACUGGGUCAUGCUUGCAACCAUUUUAUUCCACGAUUUGGGAGCCGAAUGCAAGCAUCAAACUGGUAAACAUUGUCAUUUCUAAUGCACAGAAUGAACUCUCCCAUGAAAAGAAAAUGAGAAAAUGUGACCCUAUCGAGAAAAACCCAGUCAAAGUCGGAAAAAAGACGUAUAAGGUCACAAAAUUUUAAAAAUUCUGUCUUCACGCACAUACCCAGUUUGCUGGAUCUGGGUGAAUUUGAGCAGUCACUUUAUUGGUGUAUGUGGCUGUUGAUGUGGUGGAGAGCGCAUUAGUCCCACCAUACCAGUGGACCCUCCCAUCAUUGCAGUGAAGAUAAUGCCAUCUAAAAUGUUGUCUUGACUACUUGCUUAAAUGAACAGAAUCUUGAUUUUUGACAAUGGGAAUGGCUCAUGGGUUGUCUACCUGCAUAAUAUCAUUAAAUGCUUGCUGGAUGUCCAAUGGGAAUGGAGGGAUAACAGUUAGCAUGGUGCAGUGCAAUUAUGGCACAUGAUAUAAUCACAAGCUGAUGUGUAAUAAUAAUAAUAAUAAUGAUACCGGUAAUUUUGAUAUUAUCAUUAUCAUUCAAAUUUGAGGUGAACUAGACAUUAGUGCUUUCGAUGUGUUUUCUACAUCAUAUUCAUCUGUUGGUCCACAACCGCAUCUGCUUAUUAGUCCUGUGCCCUCAGUUUGGUGUCGCUCCCUGCCGGCAUAUUUCAACUUUAAAGUGAUCAAAAUAUUGUUGUAUAUAACUGGGAUUUAAUUCCAUAUUAGAUUUAUGUGUGGAAUAUGCCAAGGCAGGUGGUUGACUUGGGGCCCAAUGAGAGUGUUUCCUAUUUUGAGGCCCAGAAAGAUGUCGCUCCGGUAUGUUUUCCACCAUGAGACCCACGAUAGGUGUGUUCUCUUUCUCGGGCCAAGAAGGGAUGUUUUCCUGUUUGUAGUGUCGACCAUACACUGCCUCUGUUCUGUUGGUCAUUGUUACGCGUCAUCUGGCCAUGAGGGGAUGAAUUGUCUAAAAGUCCUCAACGAAGGUCAUCGUUUUUGAAUCGCAUAAAAUAAAGAUGCUGCAUUUUUAAA